ACGCACGCUAAUGACGUCACUUAAUGGCGCCCAAGUAUCACCGUUUAACUUGUAGCUUGGGAAAUACCGAACAACGCGAUAAACCAUCGUUGUUCAACACAUCUGCGGCGUUUAAGGGGUGAAAGACGUUAGUUUUAUACCGUCUGGAGUCUGCAUUGUGUCAGGGUCGCCAUGCCAGAGGGCGAUGAUUUGAUGCCGGGUUUGAGUUCACAGCAGAUCCUCAGCGAUGAGUUUGUUCCUCCUGAUGGACUCUGCUGGAUCUCUGUACUGUCCUGUUUACUGCUCGCAUGCUCAUAUGUUGGAAGUUUAUACGUCUGGAAAAGUGACUUACCAAGGGACCAUCCAUCAGUGAUAAAGAGGCGUUUCACUAGUGUGCUGAUUGUGUCAGCUUUGUCUCCACUCUUUGUGUGGGGAUGGAAAGAGUUCACAGGCAUUCAGCCUACUCCACCUUUAUUAGCUCUCAUGGGAAUCCGAUUUGAGGGCCUCAUUCCUGCUGUCAUUCUUCCCCUCAUACUGACCAUGGUACUGUUUCUGGGUCCUCUUAUCCAGCUGGCCAUGGACUGCCCUUGGGGCUUUAUUGAUGGAAUCAAAGUUGCUGUUGAUCCACGCUUCUGGGCAUUAUGUCUGAGUGACAUGCGCUGGCUGAGGAAUCAGGUUGUGGCACCGCUAACAGAGGAGUUGGUGUUCCGUGCAUGUAUGCUACCCAUGCUGGUGCCCUGUGCUGGACCCUCCACCGCCAUCUUCACAUGCCCACUGUUCUUUGGUGUAGCACAUUUUCACCAUGUGAUUGAGCUCCUGCGCUUCAGACAAGGGACCAUCUCAGGAAUUUUUCUUUCUGCAGUGUUCCAGUUCUCAUACACAGCAGUAUUUGGAGCUUACACUGCGUUCAUAUUUCUCAGAACAGGUCACUUAGUAGGCCCUGUGCUGUGUCACUCAUUCUGUAACUACAUGGGAUUUCCUGCGUUGAGUUCAGCACUGGAACAUCCACAUCGCCUUACUGUUUUGUUCUUCUAUGUGCUGGGAGUGUUACUCUUCCUGCUUUUCCUUUUUCCCCUGACUGACCCGCUCUUCUACGGCUGGCCCACACCCGUCUGCACUCUUGCCUCCUCACUCGGUUCCGUCUGCUCUUAAUUUUUCCACAUUCCGCAUUGUCCGGCUCUUCUUAAGGACUCGUGCUUUUUCACCCCCAAAGAAGUCACCUGUGUUACCAGGUUGUGCAUUGUAAUGAAGAUUACAAUCCAUGGGCCCCAUGGAAAAGGUAUGAAAUCUCCCACACUGUAUCUGUGGGCAUUUUGGACAAAGUCUGUGUACUCACUAGAUCACCAGAAUUGCUCUUCCUGCAUGGAUCGCACCAAUAAAGUCAAUAAGUCAGACUCUGGAAGAGUUUAGCGAAGACGGGUAUUUAUACAUUGCUGCAUGUUCAUCGCAUUUUUAAUAUAUGAUAAUAUAUUUUGAUUUGGGUCUGUUUGGAAAUAAUGUUUUAAUUAUUUUAUUGUUCCACUAAGAAGGGUUCUACACUGUAUGUUGCAUCACCACAAGAGGAUGUAAGACUUUUUUUUUAUUAUUAUUAUUUUUGAAUUCUCUUUGCUCAAAAUAACAAGCUGCUUUGUCUGGUGCUAGUACUUGAAGAACAGUGUCUAGAUCUGCCCUGAAGCCUUUAGUUUUACACAAAUGUUUUUUAAAUACCCCAUAUAGCAGGACUUGGCUCAUUAACAUGUGCAUUUUAUGGCUCAUCCAACUAUAACUUCACAUAAGUUAAAUAUAGGGUUGUAUAAAUUGACAAAAUGAUUAAUUUAAGUCUUAAGUCUCUUUCAUAGUUAGGCAUUUACGUAUAAUUGACCUCAUGCCAGACAGCUUAUGCCAUUUUAAUUCUAGAUGCACAACAGAAAGCUGUUCAUAAAUUUAAAGCUACCUUGUAUGUGUUUGUUACUUUAGACAGAUAUUUAUAGAAUAUACCAGCUUUCUGGAUGAUGGCAGAUCAUCUGUAUAUGGAGAAUUUUUAAAAGCGUAUGUGAAAUCACUUGUUACAUAUGUGAUAGUGCUUUUAUGAAGUCUGGAUAACCAUUAGGGAUGGUGUGAAACAAAUGAAAGCCUCCUUGAUUGCAUGGACACUCAUGCUAUGCCCUUUGAGCAAAGUCAGAUUGUAAUUUAAGACACAUUUUUUGAUAAUACAGCCUUUUUACUCUGGAACCUUCUCACUGAGCCGAUGCUGGUUUUGAAGAAGGAACUGUGGCAGUUCAUAAAACCACAGUUACAUACAAAACUACCAUUCAGUUUCACUUUUUCACACAUCCAAGGGUGGUGUGAAACACCUGGAUAGCCUAUGCCAACUACCCAGGAGGCAGCAGUAGGUUUCUUGGAACAUCUCUUAAGGCCCAUGGAGGUGAUGGUUCUUAUGGAGGGGUAUGUCAGCUUUAGGGGCUGGGACACCUGUCAAUCAUAUAGGAAUGAUGAUACCACCCAGUGGUAUUGGUUUCUGCUUGAUGCUAUCUAGCUUCUGCUAAGACAAGACAAGUCAAGUCAAGAAGCUUUUAUUGUCAUUUCAACCACAUAUAGCUGACGCAGUACAUAGUGAAAUGAAACAACGUUUUCUCCAGGACCCUGGUGCUAGUAAACUCCGUUGUUAUUUUCACCAGAUAAAUAGAAUCACAUGACUGAAAUCCAAGUAAACCCUUUUUAAAAUGCCAUUUUGUGUUCAUGGUGAGGUGAGGGCAAUUUUGAGCCAGUUCAUCUGAUUGGGCUCUGGCUCCGUCAGUGAGAACUACAGCCAGCAGUGAUUUGACCUGGAAUCAGCAAAGUGGACCACCUACACCUUGUCACUCCUUUUCCAGAUGUUGAUUAUAACUAUUUGGUUAGUCACUAUUGCAGAUCUAUGGACUGUCGUGCAUGAAUAGACAUACCUGGAGAGUUUUUUUUGCAAGACCAAGAGAGCUGCUAAACCCACUCUGAAUUCCUUUCUCUGAGACAAGGAUAUAUUUGUCCAUGGUGAAUGGGUCUAGUUGUUGGCCUAUAACCUACUUCUGUAAUAUCUGUUACUCCACAGAGCCUAGGGAGAUCAUUGCUGUGGCUGCUGUUAUAAGUCUCUAACACCCUGAACAGACAGUUAUGCACUGGUCUGGCAUCACACAUUGGGGUGUUGUGGUGGACAUCUAGCCUCAAAUUUCACAAAUCACUGUCAGAUCAAGCGCUAAGUACUGUAAACCUGGAUGGUCUCAUACUGACCUGGAGCCAGAUUUCCAAUUAAGGCAGUAUCUUGAUGAAUACAUCAAGACAGAGAGAAGACGAGGGUGGACUAUGAAUUUGAAUGCCUGGCUUUGGAAAUCAAACCUUAUAAUGUAUCUGUGUGUAGGGGGCCAUGUUGCACAGAUCCACAAAUGUGAACCUUGUGGUUGUAUGGCUUGAAACCAUGAAGUCUCUCAUGCCUAGCAUACAAAAGGGGCCUUUAUUAACUGGAAAUGCCAUUUGUAUCCUAGUGGCAUUAACACUGGUUUUGGUGUAAAACCCUACAUUUUAAGGCUGUGCUCCACAAGUCUCUUAAGGAUGUAUUAGAUAGAUGAACACUAGGAUCUCUCUGCUGAUGGUUUAUGGGAGGCAAGGGUUUUCUUUGUGGCAAGUGGAACAUUUGCCACCCAGUAGGCCCUGGAUAGAAGGGUACAGGUUUUGUAAUCUGGAAAUCAAGUAUAGCCAUAUGGAUUAUUUUUCUGGCAUGCACAAGGAGGUGAUUCACACCACCCCUAGAGGUUAGGAGGAGUGAAAUGGAACCACUUUCUGCACAACUAGACUGAUUGCUUUUACAUCUUGUACAUAAGAAAAAAAAAAUAUUUUAAUGCUGUGACUCCCAGCAACCUUUAAUAGUGAGUUUACACUAGGUUUUGAAGAUCAAGCCAUUGAAAUGACAAAUGAAAUAAACUAACGAGUUAUCUUUUUUCAUUAUAGCGGAACGUCUAAAGUUGUUUUAUUGUAUUAUGCAUGAUCGAAGAUGAAGCUCAUGUAAGCAGUUUCACUCUGCCCACUAUUCUGCAUGCUGCUACCCUGCUAGCCUGUGGUUUUUUUUGGCGUCGUACCGAAACUGACAUGUGACAUCAUUUGAUAUUGGCAUGAAAAUUGAUCUGACGUAGAAACUGAUUAACUUGUCAUAUAUGGUUUGUAGCUCAGCAUGGAAAGAGGCAGACUGGCGAAGCACAUUUAUUCAGAUCUUAAGGGUAAUGCUGAUAUUUUGCCUACAUGUUAAAUCUCAGCAGGAAUCUGUUUUUAGAUAUUUUUAUUAUUAUUAUUAUUAUUAUUAUUAUUCAAAAAAUAUUAUUUUUUUUUUUUUCCUGAAUCAUUGUCUGAACUUGCCCAUACUUGUUCAAUUACUAAAAAAAAAUCACAAACAAAUGACAUGUUCAAAUAGGUGCUAUCAUUUUAUUAGGCUAUUAUUAUGCUGUGAAGUGUGUAGUUAUUACUGUUGUAUGUCAAACUAUUCAGACAAAACUUCUAGCAAUAAUAAUAGACGUGACCAAAUCAGGGAUUUACAUGUAGUUCAGCUUUUUAUUAGCUAUUUCUGGAUCAUUUUGUGCCAUAGUGUAUUUGAUUCAAAGCGUUAAAAGCUUGGCAUGACAAGUUAAAAGUUUGAUUUAUGUAUCAUCAAGGACUGACAUGUUUACAGUGAAACCGAUUGCUUGCAAAUGCUGCUCUACAGUUUGCUGUCUAAUUGCUUUUCUGGUGGUAUCAGGUCAAAUGCUGCUUUUUUUUUUUUUUUUUGCUUUUUUAGGUCUCAU